ACAGCCUGAGCCAGCCUAUUGCACAGUCACCGCGUAGUGCACAACAGCUUUCAUGUGGACGAUUAUGUGAUUCCUGCUAUUUCCAUCUUAUACAUCCUUCACCAGCUCGGAUGUGUUUUUUGCUGUACUCCUUCAACAUCGGGGAUCGGACUAUCAUUUAGACAGCUGAUUUUUCUAUCAUCCCACUGGGAUUGAGAUUUAUAUUCAUCUCAUAAAAGGGAAUCUCUUUAACCCGGAAAUCGACCAUCGUGGGAUUAUUGUGGACUGGCGUCCACGCAGUGUGUCAUUGAUCACCGGCAGCAGCAGUCUCCGUUGAUUCCCGGGGAGUACACAGACCGUGGAGCAAUAACCCCUCCAUCGAUCCGCAGGAGGAGCGGCGCGGCGUGUGUGUCCUCUAUUUAAUCUUUUUUAUCCUUAUCUCUCCUUCCCCCCUCUCGCGUUACGAUGGAGAACGCCCAUGCGAAAUCACCCGAGGAGGUGAUCAGGUAUUUUGGUGUGGAUCCCGAAAAUGGUCUUUCCGAUAAUCAAGUCAGAGACAACCAGCAGAAAUAUGGCCUUAAUGAACUCCCCGCUGAAGAAUCUAAACCCUUAUGGGCCCUUAUUUUGGAACAAUUCGACGAUUUAUUAGUCAAGAUUCUCUUGCUCGCGGCUAUCAUUUCCUUUGUUCUCGCCCUUUUUGAAGAACAUGAUGAUCAAGUAACGGCAUUUGUGGAGCCCUUCGUGAUUUUGCUUAUUCUUAUUGCUAAUGCAGUCGUCGGAGUGUGGCAGGAAAGGAACGCCGAAAGCGCCAUUGAAGCGCUGAAGGAGUAUGAGCCAGAAAUUGCCAAAGUCAUUCGAUCGGAUAAGCACGGUAUCCAAAGAAUACGAGCCAACCAAAUUGUACCGGGUGAUUUGGUUGAAGUCAGUGUUGGUGACAAGAUUCCCGCAGACAUUCGUCUCACGAAAAUUUUUUCCACUACUCUCCGUAUUGAUCAGUCAAUCCUGACCGGAGAGUCGGUGUCGGUUAUUAAAUUCUGUGAUACUGUGCCGGAUGAGCGGGCGGUCAACCAGGAUAAGAAGAACGUUUUGUUCUCGGGUACCAAUGUGGCGUCGGGUAAGGCUCGUGGUAUUGUCAUCGGCACCGGUCUCAACACGGAAAUCGGUAAAAUCCGCACGGAGAUGGUCCAGACGGAGACGGAAGCCACCCCGCUGCAGCAGAAGCUGGAUGAGUUCGGUGAACAGCUGUCGAAAGUCAUCACCAUCAUCUGUAUCGCCGUGUGGGCCAUCAACAUCGGCCAUUUCAACGAUCCCAUCCACGGCGGUUCGUGGCUGAAGGGCGCCAUCUACUACUUCAAGAUCGCCGUCGCGCUGGCUGUGGCCGCCAUCCCCGAAGGUCUGCCCGCCGUCAUCACCACCUGUCUGGCGCUGGGCACCCGCCGCAUGGCCAAGAAGAACGCCAUUGUCCGCUCGCUGCCGUCCGUGGAGACACUGGGCUGCACGUCCGUCAUCUGCUCGGAUAAGACCGGCACCCUGACCACCAACCAGAUGUCCGUCAGCCGGAUGUUCUUCAUUGAACAGCGCGAGGGCGGUGGAAUCGGCCUGCAUGAGUUUGAGAUCUCGGGAUCGACGUACGAGCCUGUCGGAGAGAUUAAGGACAGCAGUGGACGCCGCGUGAAGGGAACGGAGUAUGAGAAUCUGGUGGAAAUGGCCACCAUCUGCGCCAUGUGCAAUGACUCCAGUGUGGAUUACAACGAGACCAAGCACAUCUACGAAAAAGUUGGUGAAGCCACUGAGACGGCACUGAUCGUCUUGGCGGAGAAGAUCAACCCCUUCAACACCGAGAAGAACGGCCUGAGCAAGCGCGAUCUGGGUAUUGCAGCCAACCGUAGCAUUCAGGGCAUGUGGAAGAAGGAUUAUACGCUGGAGUUUUCUCGCGACCGCAAGUCCAUGAGCUCGUACUGCUCGCCCACCAAGGGAAGCAAAUUCCCCGGUGGAGGUGGCGCCAAGAUGUUCUGCAAGGGUGCUCCGGAAGGUGUCCUGGAUCGGUGCACACACGUCCGUGUCGGCAACACCAAGAUCCCCCUGACUCCGCAGCUGAAGGCCAAGAUCUUCGAGAAGACCCGCGAAUAUGGUACCGGACGCGAUACCCUGCGUUGUCUGGCCCUGGCCACCGUCGAUGAGCCGAUGAAUCCCAGCCAAAUGAACCUGGAAGACUCCACCCUCUUCUACAAAUACGAGACCAACAUGACGCUGGUGGGUGUCGUGGGCAUGUUGGAUCCGCCCCGCAAGGAAGUCUUCGAUGCCAUCCAGAAGUGCCGCGGUGCCGGUAUCCGUGUGAUUGUCAUUACGGGUGAUAACAAGGGAACGGCUGAGGCUAUCUGCCGACGCAUCGGUGUCUUCGGCGAGAACGAAUCCACAGAAGGAAUGUCCUACACCGGUCGUGAAUUCGAUGAUUUGAGCGUCCACGAACAGCAGAAUGCCGUCCUGCGUGCCCGAUUGUUCUCCCGCGUGGAACCGGCCCAUAAGAGUAAGAUCGUGGAAUUUCUGCAGGCGGCUGGUGAAAUCACGGCUAUGACGGGUGAUGGUGUAAACGAUGCGCCCGCGUUGAAGAAGGCCGAAAUUGGUAUUGCCAUGGGUUCGGGAACGGCGGUGGCCAAGAGCGCUUCAGAGAUGGUGUUGGCCGACGACAACUUCUCGUCCAUUGUAUCCGCUGUGGAAGAGGGCCGUGCUAUCUAUAACAACAUGAAGCAGUUCAUUCGAUAUCUGAUCUCUUCCAACAUCGGUGAAGUCGUCAGUAUUUUCUUGACGGCCGCUUUGGGUAUGCCGGAAGCCUUGAUUCCCGUGCAGCUUCUGUGGGUCAACCUGGUGACUGACGGUCUCCCUGCCACCGCCCUGGGCUUCAACGCACCCGAUCUGGACAUCAUGGACAAGCCGCCGCGCAGCUCCAAGGAAAGCCUGAUUUCCGGCUGGUUGUUCUUCCGCUACAUGGCCAUCGGUGGAUAUGUCGGCGCGGGAACAGUGGGAGCGGCUGCCUGGUGGUUCAUGAUUUCGCCCACCGGACCGCAAAUGUCUUAUUAUCAGUUGACGCAUCAUUUGGCCUGUGCCAACGAACCCGAGAACUUCCGUGGAAUGGACUGCGAUGUGUUUGAGGAUCCCCAUCCGAUGACGAUGGCUUUGUCCGUGCUGGUCAGCAUUGAAAUGUUGAACGCCAUGAACAGUCUGUCGGAAAAUCAGUCUUUGAUACAAAUGCCACCGUGGACCAAUCCGUGGUUGAUCGGUGCAAUGGGAUUAUCCAUGACUCUGCAUUUCGUUAUUCUCUACAUCGACGUCUUGGCGAACGUGUUCCAAGUGUGCCCACUGACCGUUACGGAAUGGAUAGCCGUGAUAAAAAUCUCCAUCCCGGUGGUGCUGCUGGAUGAGACGCUGAAGUUUGUAGCGCGGAAGAUCGGCGAGGGUCCCAAAUUUAGGGAGCAUCUGCAUGAUAAGGACAAAAACUUGUGAUAAAUUAAGUGUGUGUUUCUGCAUGUUUAACAAAAACUUGACAAUGGGUGGCGGCAAGAAGAAAGUCGAAGCCAAAAAUCAUUAAGCGCAGCGCUGUUAUAUUUUACACGCGAUCCUGUGUCAUUUUUGUUGCAAAUUAUUCGGCAUAAUCAAAUCCCUCCUCGAUGAUGCAACCAUACCCUCUUUGCAAACCUGAUCUGAUGUUGGAAAAUUAUAUAUGUAUCGUCCAUAAAAAACCACGCCAAAAAACCUGGAAAAAAAUGGAGAAUUUGUAUCCGAUGUUAAAUCUCCCUUGUGCUAUGUUUUCGAACUGUUGUUUCGUUAUCUUCCCGGCGGCGCGCCCAAACCACGGUGGAUUAUCAUCAUGCGGAAUGAGUUUUUCGUUGUGAUUCUGUUUUUUUUUCUUCGGCGGAAACAGAUCGUCCGAGCUGUUGUCCGCGGUAGCGUUGCGUUUUUCCACUGUGUGCCUCGGCUGUUUUAUUUAAAUAAUGUUAAUAUUAUUAUUAUUAGUGUUAGAUACUGUACCGGCUCUGUUGAAUGAUAACCACCGGAAGUGCUUCCAUUUGGUGCCUUAGUUAAUACUGCAGUAGCGUGGUGAAAUGUAUAGUGCUGCUCUUAUAUGCUCCCGGUUUGUUCUUUAGUUUUGUUGGGUUUAAAUGGGUUCUACAAAAAUAUAUACGUGCCUUUAUUACGUGCUGUUGUAACAUGACCAGCCUGUUAAUUUAUACUGUGAGUCGGCUAGUCAGUAGUUUAUCUGACGGUUAGGUUUAGUUGGCAAUAAAGCUAGAAAACUG